AGAAAGAAAGAAAGAAUGGGGGAAUGUGAAGCAGCAGAAGCAAAAGUGUCAUCAAUGUGGAUAUACCCUCUCAAAUCUUGCCGUGGGAUCUCUGUUCCUGAAGCAGCCCUUACUUCCACUGGGUUCCGGUGGGAUCGCGAAUGGAUGGUUGUGAAUGCAAGAGGAAGAGCAUGUACUCAAUAUGUUGAACCAUCACUUACUUUGGUUGAACCAGAACUGCCUCACGAGGCAUUCACAGAGGGCUGGGAACCCAAAAAGGGCUCGUUUUUAGUGAUUAAGGCCCCGGGGAUGGAUGUGCUGAAGCUCCCAUUGGUUGCACCGUCUGCCAUAAGCAAUGGUGUCUCCUUGAUGGAGUGGUCUGGCUCUGCGUUAGACGAGGGAGAUCAAGCAUCGGAGUGGUUCACCAAGUUUCUUGGCAAACCUUGCCGGCUUGUGCGUUUUAAUGAAGCAACAGAGAACAGGUCUGCGAACCCCAGUUAUGUCUCGGGCUAUCAUAUUAAGUUUAGUGCUGAGUAUCCAUAUCUCCUGGUAUCCCAGAAAUCGCUGGAUGCAUUAAAUGAGCAGCUCGAGGAGCCUGUUUCAAUCAUGCGCUUCAGACCGAACAUUGUUGUCGAGGGCUGUGAAGCAUACGCUGAAGAUUUGUGGAAGGAGAUUGAGAUAAAUGGAUUAACAUUUCAUAGCACUCAACUAUGUUACCGCUGUAAGGUAACAAGAGUUCAUCCAGAAACAGCAGCACUAGGCCCAGAGCCACUUGAAACCCUUUCAAAGUUUCGCUCGAACAAAGUCUUGCAUCCAGAAAUGAAGCCGCUUGGAAGGAUAUACUUUGGACAGUAUGUUGUGUGCACAGAGUGCAGUGAUGAAGAAAAGAAGAAAAGCAUUAGAGUGGGAGACAGUGUUGAUGUCCUCAAGAUGGUGUCUUCCUAUGCUCAUGUUUCAGUCUGAACUCCAAACUCUUUUAGUUUGAUGAACAACAUUCAUGGAGGAAAUGGGUGUAAUAAUUUUCGUAAUUAUUAUACAUGGAAAUAAUCUGUUAAUUAUCUAUCUUUAU